UAGGGUGCUGAGGAGUUUUAAGUGAGCUAUUCGUCUUCUAAUGCAUACCCAGGCCGUCUAACAGUUUGACUCUGGAGUCAGCGGUGGUAAUGACAGAUUCCAAGUCUCUUCGUUCCCCGUGUUCCUGGAUUAUCCCCGUGGUGAUGUGAUCCUGCACUCAGAAGUUUGGACAGUGGCCUCCUGUUUCCCCAGCUUUCUGACUGGCAGAUGGUUCUCUGGCUCCACCUAGUGUUUGACUGUGGUCUCUGCAUCUGCUCCCACCUGUUGCUGGAUGAAGCCUCUGGGAUGACAUUUGGGUUAAAUCCAAUUGAUGAGAAAACCUGACACUUGGCGAUCAAUCGGGUGAGGAGCCAACACAAAUCCACAGCACCAUGAGCUUCUAUGGCACUGUCCUGAAACGGGUGUCCUAACAAAGUGUCCUUGGUCUGGAUGCCACCUGCCUCACUGGAAUGUGUUAGGUGGGAUGUGACAGGAACUCUCACCUUGCCGAGGAAUCCUGCCAUGGCCCCACAAGACCUACUGCUGUUCCCUGUGGGCCCUGUGCAUGUGUCUGAAGCACCAGCUCUUCCUGGGACACUGUCCGAACAAGAACACAAAUCCAAUUGCUUUGGAACAUGUGACUCCGUCCUCCUCUUGGUCUGAGGAUUUGAACCAUGAAAACGCUGGCCAGUCGUAAGUCACUGUGGAUGCUGCUUUUUAUAGUCAUCUUCUGGGUCUCUUUUACAGUUUUCAGAAACCCCGUGAAGCUAUGGACUAUGUUCAAGUUGCCUGUGUCCUUCAAUCGCUGGAACUUGGCCAUGGGAUCCUCGUGCCCUGCAGCGCCUCUGAACCCACCAGUUUCACCAAAAGAGACAGAACUGAGAAUCAGGGAGAUCCUGGAGAAGCUGGAUCGACAGAUCCCUCCCAGACCCUUCACCCACAUCAACUACACCACAAGCGCCACACACAGCACUGCCACCAUCCUCAACCCUCGAGAUACAUACUGUGUGGGGGACCAGAUGGACAUCCUGGUAGAGGCUAGAGACNACCUUGGAAACAGGAAGGAGUAUGGUGGGGACUUCCUGAGGGCCAGGAUUUCCUCCCCAGCCCUGAAGGCAGGCGCUUCUGGAAAGGUGACAGACUUCAAAAAUGGCAACUACCUUGUCAGCUUCACUCUGUUCUGGGAGGGCCAGGUCUCCCUGUCUAUCCUGCUCAUGCACCCCAGUGAAGGGGUGUCAGCUCUCUGGAGAGCAAGGAACCAGGGCUACGACAGAAUUGUCUUCUCAGGCCACUUUGUCAGUGGUGCUUCUCAGGUCCGCACGGAAUGUGCCCUGGCUCCGAAUUCAAGUGUCGAGCUNUGCCAGUAUCUGGAUGCCCAGGAUCAAGAAGCUUUCUACUGUGUGAAGCCUCCAAAUGUGCCCUGUGCAGCNCUCACCCACAUGCAUUCGAAGAACAAGGAAGUUUCCUAUCUUAGCCAACAAGAAAGGAGACUCUUUGAAAGGUCAAAUAUAGGUGUGGAGAUUAUGGGAAAAUCCAAUGUGAUAAGUGUCUCCAAAUGCAACACAGAAGCAGUUCCAGUGAAGGAGAAAUGCAAGCUCGGGAUGGUAUCUGCAAUCCCUAGUGGGCAUGUCUGGAAAAACACAUGGACUCCUGCCUCCUGCAGUCUGGCUCCAAUCAAAAUGAAAGACUGCCUGAGAGGAAAAUUCAUCCAUCUGAUNGGUGAUUCGACAAUCCGCCAGUGGAUGGAGUACUUCAAAAGCAAAGUCAACAGUAUGAGGUCCGUGGACCUGCAUGAGACUGGGAAGCUGCAACACCAACUUGCCGUGGACUUGGNUGAGAAAAUCAGCAUCCAGUGGCAAAAACAUGGUUACCCUCUUAUCNGGUCAUUGGUCUACUCGGUCAAAGAAAUAGAGAACAUUGCACGGAUAAUUGACAGAACUGGAGGAGAGAAAAACACAGUCAUCGUCAUUUCUCUGGGCCAGCAUUUCAGACCUUUUCCCAUUGAUGUUUUUAUCCGAAGGGCCCUCAAUGUUCACAAAGCUCUUCAGCGUCUUCUCCUGAGAAGCCCGGACACUAUGGUGGUCCUCAAAACAGAAAACANCAGGGAGUUGAACAGCGAUAUGGAGAGGUUUAGUGACUUCCAUGGUUACACCCAGUAUCUUGCCUUAAAGGAUAUUUUCCAGGAUCUCAAUAUAGGUGUCAUUGAUGCCUGGGACAUGACAGUUGCAUAUGGCACAAACAAUGUCCACCCACCAGAGGAUGUAGUUAGAAGUCAAAUUAAUAUAUUCUUAAACUAUAUUUGCUAGCAAACACAUAACUUUGAAAGUNACUCUUUGAAUAUAAAAGAUACAGUGAAUUCUGCAGCCGUGCCAGGUGCCAGGAUGCCCCAGUUAAUCCAAGGACAUAAUCUGUAUAAUGGUCCNUAUGGUCCACCUAGUUCAUCUUAACAAGGCGUUCAUACACUGGCCUUCUGCUCAAAAUUGAAGCCCAAAAGAGUCANUGAAAGGUCCACAUUUUUUUAUUAGAGCCACAUUGCUCUUUGCUGAUUGGAAGUUAGGAUUCCUGUGUGUAAGACCUUCUCCUUGUUGCUGUGAGUUCAGAACAAUGAAGUAAUUUUGAUAAAAUUCUUAAAAGGUAUUUGAUUCAAUUUGUAAAUAUUUUGUUGAUAAUUUUUACAUCCAUGUUACUCAGGAAAAUUGGUCUGUACCUUUCUUUCUUGGUCAUGUCUCAGAGUUUGACAUCAGACCAAUACAGACNUCAAAAAAAGUAACUNGGGUCAUGUUCCUCCUGGCUGUAAUUNGUGGAAGGUUUUGAGAAGUGUUUUGAUUAGAUUUUCUUUAGAAGUUUCAUGGUAUUCAGCACUUAAUCUGUCCAGAUCUGGGCUGUUUGGGGAGAGAGACUUUUAAUAACUGCUUCAAUCUCUUNGCUUAUUNCAGUUCUAUUUAAAUUGUUUCUAUUUUCUNGAUUUAACUUUGAUAGGCCAAAUGCAUUUAGAAAUUUAUCUUUCUCUCAGGUUUUCCAGCUUUUUUGGAUAUAAGAUUUUGGAUAAACAAAAACAAAAUAUUCCCAAAACACCAUCUUGAAACCUGAU